CUGCAUACCCGCGCCCUUGAACCGAACACUAACAUGACAUUUGUUAAUAGCGCCCAACCCCAACUGUCAAUUAUUGAGCAUGCAAAUUAUUAACCGAUUCGGAUCCUAUUUCCGGGAUUAUAAAUUCUUCCUCCUCCUCCCCACUCACCUUUCUCUCAACCCAUCUCAACCCAACUCAUACAGUUAUCCCAUGUCUACUACACUCUUCACACCCUGAGGCAUUAGAAAACUGUACUCUUUUUUUGUGAUCUACCGUGUUUUCACACAUGACAUAUAACGAACACAAUGCAGAGGACAGCUGCCUAAAAAACCAGCACGAAAAGCAGGCCCAACCCAAAACUAACCCCGAAGUCCCCCGUGGAGAUGCCGCCCCGGCCCCGGACGAUGCGGGCCUCGAGACCGGAGGUGUAGCGCACCCCAGCGAAGCCAGCACCGACGACAGUGAAGCGAACCUCGAAUUUCCAGAAGGCGGACUCGAAGCUUGGCUUGUAGUCUUUGGAUCCUUUUGCGGAAUGUUUUCGAUCUACGGCCUCAUCAACACCUCUGCUGUUUUUGAGUCGUACUUUUCCGAGAACCAACUUCGUGAUUACUCGUCUUCUCAGAUCGGCUGGAUCUUCAGCCUUUAUCUCUUCCUCGUCUUUCUUGUCGGUAUUCAAGUCGGACCUGUUUUUGACAAAUACGGUCCUCGACUCAUUGUUGCCUCUGGAGGUAUACUCAUCGCGGCAAGUUUAUUCAUCCUCAGCGUUUGCGAGGAAUUUUACCAGAUUCUUCUAUCAUACUCGGUUGUGGGUGGCCUUGGAGGCGCCCUUCUCAAUUCGCCGUGUUAUGCAUCUAUUGCCCAUUGGUUCGACCAGAAACGAGGUCUUGCAACUGGAGUUGCAAUGACUGCAGGAUCAAUUGGCGGUAUCAUCUUUCCCAUCUUUCUGCAGAAACUUCUUCCCAGCGUUGGCUUUGCAUGGACGACCCGUAUUCUGGGCUUCAUCAUCCUCGGACUCACCGUUCCCGCCACGCUCUUCAUGCGCUCGCGUCUCCCGCGAUCAAAUAAGGUGUCCUCGGUCUGGCCAGACCUGAGCAUCUUCAAAGACCUGAAGUUUACGUUUUCUGCAUGUGGAAUCUUCUUUAUGGAAUGGGGACUCUUCGUGCCAUUGACGUACAUUGUGUCUUAUGCCGGACGACACUCUGGCGAUGCCAACAGCUCUUACACCCUGAUUUCGAUCCUCAAUGCGGGUUCAUUGCUCGGUCGUUUUCUCCCCGGUCUUUUAGCCGACAAGAUCGGGCGGUUUAAUGUCAUUCUGCUGACGCUUGGGCUCUGCAUCAUAUCGGCCUUUGCUCUGUGGUUGCCAGCUGGGGACUCUCAGGCUAUGAUCAUCGCGUUCGCUGUUGUGUUUGGUUUUGCAAGUGGUAGUAACCUUGGACUCACACCAGUUUGCGUGGGUCAGCUCUGCGAUCCUCGCGACUAUGGACGAUUCAUCUCGACAGCUUUCAUGGUAGCUAGUUUUGGAACCCUCAGCAGCUUGCCUAUUGCUGGUGCCCUUCUCGAGGCUGGUGACAAGGGUGACUCUGGCUGGACUGCUCUCAUUGUAUUUGAUGGGCUGUCGUAUGUGCUGGCACUCGCCUGUUUCCUUGCUGCCAGGGUGAUGGCUGUCGGCUGGGACGUCAAGAGCGUCUACUAAGACGACUCGAUUGGAAAUGUCGCUCUUCCUUGGAGAUGCACGCGAUGAACUGAAAUGUCAUGCGAUGCGGUGUCUUCAAUUGGAUGAGUAUAAGCGACAGGGAAUGGAUGGUCCGGUGAUGUAUUAUACCAGCCGAUAAUCUUUACCGGGACCGAGGUAUCAACUGAUUUUGUUCAAGAUGCCUCCUCGGAGUUGUAUUGUUACCGCUCAGUGUCUCAGAAGUAACAAUUGGGAAUAGGAGAACGAUAUCCAUUUGGAUACUGGCCUUAGAUAGAUACUGACUGUAGUCACUCAUUGAAACAAGUAGAUAGAAUUCACUCAUUUUGAAUAAUUGUAAGUGCAGCAUGUUGCAUUCCCACGGGAUCAGGUUG